AUUAGUGAUUACUGAUUAGUGAAGUUGGAGGGACUUGGAUGGGAGGGAGAUAAAAGUAAUAAUAAUUUUUACUAUACCAAAAAGCUGAAAAUAUCGCCCGGUUUGGUUGGUUUUUUCAUUCGUCUGUUCUUGUCAUCAUAUAAAGCUUAAUAAAUAGUCUUGGUUAUGUUUCGUUUCGGGUUUCGGUAAAUGUGUCAGACAAUCAGUGCUGUAGAUCACUGAAAACUUCUCUGUUAUUUUAUCAGUGUUUCUAAGAAAAAACAACAUAAGGAAUCAUGUCAGAUGCAGAGGAUUAUGACAGUGAGGCAGGCAGCGAAGCUGGUAGCGGAAGUUACCAGGGUAGUGAACCGGGGAGUCCAAGAGGAAGUGAGCCAGGCAGUCCUCAGGCCAGUGAGCCCGGUAGUCCCCGAGGUAGUGUACGAGGCAGUGGUCGAGGUAGUGACUCUGAACCGGAGGCACGCAGUCGUAGUGUGAGUCCUAGUCGAAGUCGCAGCCGCAGCAGGAGUGUUAGCCGAUCACGUAGCAGGUCCCGAAGUCGCAGUCGAAGCCCUAGUGGAUCUGAGGCCGAAGAAGCUGAGAGGAAAGGAUCAGGAAGUGAGGUUGAAGAUGAGGAGGAGCCUGAAGGAGAAGAUCUCAACUCGGAGGAUGAAUAUGAUGAAGAAGAAGACGAAGAUGACGACAGACCACACAAAAAAAAGAAGAAGAAUGACAGAUUUGGUGGUUUUAUCAUUGACGAGGCUGAAGUCGACGAUGAGCCUGAAGAUGACGACGAGUGGGAAGAAGGAGCGCAGGAGAUCGGCAUUGUUGCCAAUGAGAUGGAGGAGCUUGGACCAACGGCUCGGGAGAUAGAGGGACGUAGAAGAGGAAAUACCUUGUGGGAUUCCCAGAAAGAAGAUGAGAUCGAAGAGUACCUACGCAAGAAGUACGCAGACGAGUCACAAGCAGCGAGACAUUUUGGAGAUGGUGGCGAAGAUAUGUCUGAUGAAAUCACACAACAAACUCUAUUGCCUGGCGUCAAAGAUCCAAAUCUGUGGAUGGUCCGAUGCCGUAUCGGAGAGGAGAAGAACACAGCGCUGUUGCUGAUGCGGAAGUUCAUCACGUACCAGAACACGGAGGAUCCACUGCAGAUCAAGAGUGUGGUGGCACCUGAGGGUGUCAAGGGAUACAUCUACAUAGAGUCUUACAAGCAACCCCAUGUCAAACAGGCCAUAGAGAAUGUAGGAAACCUGCGCAUGGGCAUCUGGAAACAACAGAUGGUGCCCAUCAAGGAAAUGACUGAUGUACUACGAGUGGUCAAGGUGCAGACUGGACUGAGACCCAAGCAAUGGGUCCGACUCAAACGUGGUCUGUACAAGGAUGACAUCGCCCAAGUGGACUACGUAGACCUCGCUCAGAACCAGGUCCAUCUCAAGCUGCUGCCCAGAGUUGACUACACCAGGCCUCGAGGUGCUCUGCGCAACAACCAGACGGAGAGUGAGGCUAAUAAGAGGAAGAAGAAAAGGCGUCCGCCAGCCAAACCAUUUGACCCAGAGGCUAUCAGAGCUAUUGGAGGAGAAGUGACGAGUGACGGAGAUUUCCUCAUCUUUGAGGGCAACCGCUACAACCGCAAGGGCUUCCUAUACAAGAACUUCACCAUGAGUGCCAUCAUAGCCGAUGGUGUAAAGCCAACACUCUCAGAGCUGGAGAAGUUCGAGGAGGCUCCAGAAGGUAUUGACAUAGAGUUGCCCACGGGUGGGAAAGACGACGGACCAGGCCACUCGUUCAGCGCUGGCGAUAACGUCGAGGUGUGCCAGGGAGAGUUGAUGAACCUGCAGGGUAAAAUCCUGUCCAUCGACGGUCACCUGAUCAUGAUCCUGCCAAAGCACGAGGACCUGCACGAGCCUCUGGAGUUCCAGGCGUCAGAGUUGAGGAAGCUAUUCCGUACCGGGGACCACGUGAAGGUGCUGGCCGGGAGAUACGAGGGGGAGACCGGGCUGAUAGUGCGAGUGGAGGAGAACAGAGUGGUGUUGUUCUCUGAUCUGACCAUGCACGAGCUGGAAGUGUUGCCACGAGACUUGCAGCUGUGCUCGGACAUGGCUACUGGCGUGGACAGCCUGGGACAGUUCCAGUGGGGCGACCUGGUGCAGCUAGAUGUCCAAAAUGUCGGUGUCAUAGUGAGGUUAGAGAGAGAAAACUUCCACGUUCUCAGUAUGCAAGGCAAGGUUGUGGAGGCCAAACCACAAGCACUACACAAGAAGAAGGAGGUUAGACACACCGUGUCUCUGGACUCUGAACAGAACACUAUACAGAGGAGAGACAUUGUCAACGUCAUCGACGGGCCUCACUCUGGUAGGGAUGGAGAAAUCAAACACCUGUACCGUAACUUUGCCUUCCUGUACUCCAGAAUGUAUCUUGAUAACGGAGGCAUAUUUGUCUGCAAGACUCGACAUCUUCAUCUGGCUGGUGGUUCAAAGAACCAGAACAACACAGGACUGAUGCCAGGGUUCAUGUCGCCUCGUAUCUCCUCCCCCAUGCACCCCAGUGGAGGUGGUGGGGCUGCUGGAGGUGGUGGGAGGGGGAGGGGCAGAGGUGGAGGGGGGGUCAGGAGGGACAGAGAUCUCAUUGGACAGAUCAUCAAGAUCACCAGAGGCCCUUACAAAGGAAAUGUUGGAAUGGUCAAAGAUGCCACAGAGUCCACGGCUAGAGUGGAACUUCAUUCAUCUUGUCAGACAAUAUCCGUUGACAGAUCUCACAUCGCAACUGUCGGAAUGCCUAACAAGGAUGGCUCCAUCUCCAGCUACAACCGCACUCCUGGCUAUGGUGGUGCGGCCACUCCAAUGUACGGACGAGACGGCAGCAAGACUCCCAUGCACGGCUCUCAGACACCUCUGUACGAAGCUGGAUCACGUACGCCGCACUACGGGAGCAUGACCCCGUCCCACGACGGGUCACGUACACCUGGAGCUUGGGACCCCACCAUCACCAACACACCUGCUCGCACUGACCCGGACAACUACAGUCUGGACGAGUUUGGUGGUCACCCGAGCACUGGACCGUAUACUCCACAGACCCCGGGGGCGAUGUAUGGUAGUGACCAGAGCUACUCUCCCUACCAUGCUAGUCCAUCCCCUACUGGCUACCAUAGUGGCAGUUCAGCGUAUGUGCCCACUCCUAGUCCCAGCAGUGCAGUGAAUGUAGGGGCUUAUGGCACUCCGUCUCCCAUGAGCUACAGUCCACUCACCCCUGGCGCUGCACCAUCUCCUUACAACUCACAUGCUACUGGUAUUGAUCCCAUGAUGCAGGAUUGGCAUACGACUGAUAUAGAAGUGAGGGUGAGAGAGAACCAUGACGACCCAGACCUAGUGGGACAGAUAGGUACCAUCCGCAGUAUAUCGGGUGGUCUGUGCAAUGUGUUCUUGCCAGACGAGGAUCGUACGGUGAGCAUCAGCUGUGAACAGUUGGAGCCUGUCAUCCCUUCGUGGCCGAACCCUGUCAAGGUGAUCAUGGGAGAAGACAAGGAGCGAACCGGCUUCCUUCUGUCCAUCGACAAUCAAGAGGGUGUCGUCAAACUGGACGAUGACGACGUCAAGAUGUUACAACUGCGGUACUUGUGUAAAUACAGCAAACCAGGACAGGACUAGACUGAUAUGUAGUGUUACAUACUGCUUUAUUAUCAAUUCCCAAAAUCUGACUUGUUAUAUAUUUUGAGUUGUUCAGGCUUUGGUGUCAAUAAGCCUAUUCUGGCUCUUGAAUGUUAUCAGGUAGGCUUUUUGUUUGGAUGUAUAAACUAAAUUGUUUUUGAGAUGUUUCAAAGCCAGGAAUUUUAAACAGUUCUAAAUGAAAACUGUAUCAGAGUUAAGUGUUUGUAAAAAAGAUUGUUUUUUAUGGAUGGUUCUCUAAAAAAUCUAAAAAAGUAGAGCUCAUACUUUUUUACUUUUUUUACUGAACUAUCAAAUAUUUAGAGAUUGUUAUUUUAAAUUGUUUUAAAAAUUUGUAUGAUGUUAUUUUUAACGGUUUUGAAAAUUGUAGUUAAAGGAUUGUCUAAAUAGUACAAACAAUAUUGCUGUACUAAAAUUGUGUUUUUAAGUGAUUUUCUAAAGGUUUGUUAACUAAACAAGUAUUUUUCCUAGAUUUUGCCUCCUCAACAAACAGAUGUAUUGAAGAUUCAUUAAUUGGUUUACAUCAUGUCAAUAUAACCAAAGCCUGUACACCUGUAAUAUAUAUUUUGUUGUAGUUUUCAUUCUUGAUCAUUUGAAUUUUUGAAUUAUUUUUUUACUUUAGUGAUGGAAUAAUAUUAUGGAGACAUGAAAUUUUUAUUUAUAGUCUUACAAAGUAUUAUAUGGAUAAAAUUGUGGAAAUUUGAAAUACAGAAAAUG